CCGAGUUGGACACUUUGGCCUCGUUGCUCCCGUUCGAGCAAAAUAUCCUCAGCAAGCUGGACAGACUCAGCAUCCUCAGACUCAGCGUCAGCUACCUUCGGACGAAGAGCUAUUUUCAAGGCGCUGAACGGGUUCCUGCUCAUACUCACCUGCGACGGGGAAGUGUUCUUCGCCACCCACAGCAUAGAAAGUUACCUUGGUUUCCAUCAGUCCGACAUCGUCCAUCAAAGCGUAUACGAGCUGGUGCACAGCGAGGAUCGAGAGGAGUUGCAAAGGCAGCUUAUGUGGAACUCGUUUCUUCCCAGUGAAAGUGCAAGUCUCCCUUUGCACGACGCCCUUUCACCCCAACACAGUCAUCUCUUGGAGCGAAGCUUCACUGUCCGCUUCCGGUGUCUUCUGGACAACACGUCCGGUUUUUUGCGUUUGGACAUCAGGGGACGGGUGAAGAUACUCCAUGGUCAAAACAGGAAAACGGAAGAGCCACCGUUGGCUCUGUUCGCCCUGUGCACACCGUUCGGCCCGCCCUCGUUGCUCGAAGUCCCGCAGAAGGACGUGAUGUUCAAGAGCAAGCACAAACUGGAUCUCGCGCUCGUGUCCAUGGAUCAACGGGGGAAAAUGUUGUUGGGCUAUUCGGACGCGGAACUCGCAAACCUUGGCGGCUACGAUCUAGUCCAUUACGACGAUUUGGCAUACGUGGCGAGUGCCCACCAAGAACUGUUAAAGACGGGGGCCUCGGGGAUGAUAGCGUACAGAUUCCAAAAGAAAGAUGGCGGAUGGCAGUGGCUGCAGACCAGCUCGAGGCUAGUCUACAAGAACUCUAAACCGGACUUCGUGAUCAGCACGCAUCGACCCCUCAUGGAGGAAGAGGGCAGAGAUCUCCUCGGCAAACGGACGAUGGACUUCAAAGUCAGCUAUCUGGACGCCGGCCUCACCAACAGUUACUUUUCGGACAGCGACAGCCUCACCGGCUCGGUGAUGACUCCGACCCUUCCCAGCCAGCCCACGUCCCAGAGGGUGAACAGGCGGUACAAAACCCAACUGAGAGACUUCCUGUCCACCUGUCGGAACAAACGUACCAAACUGUCCGCUCAAUCGUCCGUCUCCCCGCCCGCCACACCCACCGUCGCAUCCGUGGACUACCUCGCGGCCGACACCAGCGCCGCCGCCGCGGUCGCGGCGGCAUACAGCAACCUGAACACCAUGUAUCCGACCGCUUACGCGCCCACGGCAGUAGCUGCAACCACGGAUCCCUCCCUGACCACGUACAUCGGCCACACGGGCAACUAUCAUCAGACUUUGUACCCGGCAACCGCGUUGGACAACAGAUACCUGACCGCAGCCACGGAGAACCUGUUCCAAUACAGGCCCCUGGGCACCUACUACCCGGAGUACCACACGAGCACCGCGUACAACGGUUUCAUCGACGUGCCCCUGCCGACCUACGAGACCCACCAGCUGGCCAGCAAAGCCGAGGAGAAGCUGUACUGCCAGCAACUGGGCGAGUCGCCCAAGUACAGCUACGUGGAGGCUAGCAGACAUCCGAGCAGCGUGAGCGGCUCCCCGUACGCGUCGAGUCCCGUCGCUGCGACCGCCUCGACCAUGCAACAACAGCAACAACAACAACAACAACAACAACAACACACCGACAUGAGCAUCGUUCGAGCGGGCAGCAGACACUCCCUCGAGGGUGGGGCAGGCUCGUCGAGCAACUCGGCCGGAAGCUCGCCCGUGACCGGGGCGACGAACGGCGUGCUCACGCCGAAAAUCGAGGACGUGAAGCCGGAAGUGUACGGGGGCGAGGCGCCCCGGCAGACGGUGCUGAUGUGGGGGGCGCCACCGGCCCGCACGCCGCCCAGGAACAACGGCAGCUACAGCCCACCCACGCCUCACUCCACUCACUCGUCCACUCACUCGACCACGGGGGGGGAUCCCCUCAAGUCGUUGGCGGAAAUGAACUCGAUGAACGGGGAGUGCAAAUGGCGGCAGACGUCGCCCGGCGAGCAGCAGGCCCCGAGCUCGCCGAGGGCGGCCAAGCCCUCACUGCACUUACAACACGCCCCCGUCAGCUGUGGGAACAACGGGGACAGGAGUCGGCAUGGGCAUCGGGCAGGACAGCAGCACCAGCAACAGCAACGUCUUGUACCACCCUCCGCACCACCACCCUCAGCACCAACACGCGGUGGGAUCAUCAGCGGCGGGAAUGGGCCCAACUGUCCCUCAGAUUCCAAACCGGACACCGGGAGUCCUUUGCUGUCCAUCUCUGAGGUGACUAACACCCUGCUCAACCAAUAGCCUCCUCGUCACCUCGGCAUCGCUCCGUUUCAGUGAUCAAGGUAGUAUCUCUCAGGAGAUGGUUUCACCGAGGCGGAUCACAAAACGCGUCACUGUACCAUACAGAUAAUACCGGUGAAAAGAGCGUUUCCCCGCGACACACUCUUACACAGUUUCGUGUCGAUUCAUUCAUCCGUUAUCGUUAAGUUCUCACCUGGAGGAUCUCUGCCCAGGUCGAGUCGUCGUCGUCGUCGGGAAGAAUUUCGAGUCGAUCCCUUUCGCUUCGUCGAUCGCGAAAUCGCGUGAAAGGCGAUGAUUGUACAUUCGAAACCGGUGGAGAUCGGUGGAGGAUCGGUUUUACGUGGCGAGUGAUGGAGAAUACGAUCGAUAGAAAAUUUCUGCGAGCCGAACGUAUCGUGUUGUGUAAUUUGAAAAAAGGAUACGUUUGCAACGUUUGUAUCGUAUCGAUAUCGGUCCGGGUUCGGAUAGAUACGACGGAGGAGCGUGGCUAGAGAUCGUUUCCUCGAUCAUCUUUAAACGUGACUUGCUGCUGUUUCUCGUUGUCGUUUAAUUAUUAUCAGCGCACGGGCAAAAAUGUUGUCUCUCCCCUCCACGCCAUCACAGUGAAAAAUUUUCUCAGAGAUAUUGCAUUUUGAAUUGUUCCUUGAAUUGAUUCGAGUGAACGCGAUAGCCACGCUUCUUUUCUUACCUCCCUCGUAGGAGAAUCGAUCUCGUCGAGGAGCACAAAAAUAUUUGAGAAUCCGCCUCGAUCGAGUUGUGUAAAAAAGAAAAAAAAAAAAAGAAAAAAAGGAGAAACGCAACACACGCGGAAUUUAGUUAUUUUUUUAAUUAGGCCGUACAAUACAACAACGUGUGACCGUUGUGCCGUUUACCGUCGCUUCGUUUCGUUUCCUUGUUUCGAUCCUUCGUUCGCGAUGCUGCGAGCGCUCGUCACAGUGAGAUAUAUAAAAAAAAUAGGGAGGACUCGCGAGGGGGGAUUGAUUGUGAUCAUUUUUUUUUUUUUUUUUUAAUGGAGUACACACGAUUCUGUGAUAUGUGUUUAGGUAUUUACGUAUUUAAAAAGUGCGGUGAUUUCUGAAAGGAAAAAAAAAAAAAGAUAUUUUAAGAUUUAUGUAUAAAAAAGAAAAAAAAUCGACGGGGAGCGGGGCGUCCACGUUUUGCCGCACGUUCUGUACUUGUCGAGGAAUCGAAUCACAACCUUCGCGGUGUGUAACAUUCACAAUUCGUUCAAUUUUCCGAAUUCUGACCAUGGAUGGAUCAAAGUGAAAACUGUGAAAUUAUUGUCUAUUGUCUAUGUUGUUGAACCUAUGAAACCUUUUACUUCUUAUUUGCAAAAUAUUCGAAUAAUCGCGAUUAAUUGUGCGAUUCGAUUCCCUCUUCCUGUACGUCGCAUCGUUUGCGUUUUCCUUUGCCCGAAAAAAACAAAAGAAAGACAGGUUGCGUAUUCCGUUAAACGAAAAGAAAAGAGAAAACGAAAGAGGAGGAAGAAAGAAUGGUGGAAGGGAACUUUUGAUCCGGCCGAGCCUCGAGUCUUGCCAAUGUUCUUUUGUUAAAUAAGUUUGUAAUUUUUUGUACUUAAUUAAUUAAUUUAUAUACGGCUAUUUAUGUAUUUACACGCGCGAUUUGUAUAUCGACGAGGGUCUAGCGAAGCUAGGCCGAGCCUUCCAUAAUUUUAGACGCGUUAUUCUUAUUUCGCGAACGUAAUAAACGUCCGUGCUCGGGAAACUGGGAAGACUGCGCGAACGAAGGGGAAUGGGGGUGAGAAGGGGAGGAAGGGUAACGGAACGCCCUCGUGGCGUCGUCUCGAAUCUGUCCGCUUCGAAGAGAUAGGGAAAAAGAAUGGAAAUGGAAGGAAAGGAAGAACGAAAACAGAAAAGGAAAAAAGAGAAAAAGGAAAGAAAGGAAAAUCGUGAUUUUAUUUCGCGCAUACAUAUCAGAACGAAAGAGGGAGAAGAAGGAGGAUGGCCUUCUCUUCCUAUCCUCUUUCGCAAUUUUGAUUUAUAUAUAUAUACAUACACACGCGCAUACACACACACACACACACACACACAAAGAGAUAUAUAUGUAUACAUAAAAGAUUAUAUGUAUAUUGUAUUAUUUUGCAGGUUAGGAACGUUUCAACACUUUAAACGUUUAUCGAUUUCUACGGCGAGAAAAAAAAAUCUCCUCUCUUUUUUUCCUUCCGAUCCCACGCAUCCUUUUUCCAACCUUUCGAAUUACGAUUAUUCUGUAACUCUUCUACCUACUUCGUGUCGUUGUAGUAGUUGUGUAUACAAUAAUACGAAUGAAUAUUUUGCUAUCGAUUCUUUGUAAAACCAUCCAGUCCGUUGAUCGGCUUUUUUUGCGACACAGGACGAAUUUGCUCGAGCGCUCGUUACCGACCCGUUCGAUGAUUGUACAAUUAUUUCCGAGGCGAGUUUCUCGCGAACGAAUCGAAGAAAAAGGAAAGCAUCGACAAUAAGAGUGGGAUCGUUACUUAGAUACGUGUCAAUUUUUCAACUUUCCCUUGUUGCGAUCCUUUGAGAGAAAAAAUCGUAAAUACCGUCGAGGAUGAGAAACGAGGAAGAAACGCGUCGGUAACGAGUCUCCACGAGGUAUCCACACUGUAAAUUCACAUCUUCGACCGUUAACAGCUUGAAACUACGUUUCUUUGCAAUAUCGUAUGAAGAUCUGCUAUAUCGAAUAAGUACUUGAGUCUAGUCCAUAUAUAAAGCGAAUUAACGAUACGUCUCUACUUAUAUGCCUAGGUUGUAAUAAUAUUCUCACGACGCAACCCUUGCCGACAAUCUUUGCUUGGUAAACGAAUUACCUCUCCACUGUUGUACACAUGUAUCUAUACAUCGAACCCGCGUUAACAAUCCUAAACAAUCGUUCGUCGAUCCUCAAAUCGAGAUCAAACGUUUUCACACCUUUUGCGUCUAUCUUUAUCCGAAUCUAUCUAUCGAUAAUGCGUCUUGUCGAUUCUUCCGCGAAACUUGUUCAUCAUACUUGUGUAUCUUCAUUUUGUGUAGAAGUAUUCGAUCAGAAAUUUUGUCUUCUUGAUAUUUCGUUACAAAAAAAAAAAGAAAAAAAAAACAAAAACAAAAUCGAUUAAAAUUUAUACGAUUCGAGGAUCGACGCCUGGCCCCUUCUUAUUUGGAUAGAGUAGUGAGAAUAUUCUGACAAUUUAAGCGCACAUGUAUAUUUACUGUAUAUUUAAAGUAAGAUAUCUUCUAACAAGCAUAGAUAAGAUUUAGUCUAUAUAUAUAAUAUAAUAUAUAUAUAGACGAUUCUCCCCCGUAGUUAUCCACAUAGAUCAAAAUACGUACCUUAUUUUAUAGCGACCGGUAUCUGCAGACAACAUGCAAUUCAAUCGUCGUUCUAUCGAGUUUAAUCAUACAAAAUGGAAAUUUUUAUCGUUCCCUUAUUAUUAUACUUCAGAUCGAAUGCGAAUGAACGUUCGAUCGCGAUCAAAUAAGUUAUCACCUGUGUGCCUGUUUCGAUCGAGAGGACUAUCACAGACCAGUAUGAGACCAAUAUUUGUUGAUUUCUUACGAUGUAAUAAGGAAAAAAGGAAGAAAAAAAAAAAAAAAAAUUAACAGAAAAUACUAUAGCACAUAUCGAGAAGAGAAUUAAAAUAAAUAAAUAAAUAAAUAUAUAUAUAUAUUUAAAAUAAAUAUCAAUUCGAUCCUCUUUUUUCGAAAAUUUCGAAAUGAGAUAAAGAAGAAGAUAAAAAUUAUAGAGUUAAAAGAAAUAUCGUUACAUAUCAACUUUUUAAGAUUUAAAAUUUGCUCAACGAAAGAGGCAAAAUUUACACUUUGCAGAUAUCUCGUUACUUGUAAAUUUAACUCGAUUUAACCCUUAAAUUAUCAAUUUAAAAAGAAAAGAGAAUAAAAAAAAAAUAAAAUAAAAUA